UAUUUGUGUCCCUGCCCAUAUCGAACUGGCUCGGUGAGGAACUAAAGCACUUGAAGCACAAGCUGACUGUGGAAGCGGACUAUCAUAUGUGAUAUUCUCCACUGUUUGUUGCUUUAUAUCUUCUGAACUUUCGAAGUUUUUUGCUAUAAUUUUCAGAUAUGUUUUGGCUUAAAGUACUUGGAAUAAUCUGUGGGUUACAAAUAUCUUUUGCUGGAAGGCUCAGUGUAUCUCUCCUCCAGAAGCCAAUGCCUGAAAAAAACACUGAGAUCACUUGUACGAUCAAUGAUUUCUACCCUGCAACUAUUGACGUACAGUGGUUCAAAGAUGAAGCACAACCUGUACCAGCAAUAAGCGGACACCUGCUACAGAAUGAUGAUAACACCUACCUGUUCAGCAAGGCUGUGAAUGUGAGUCAGACAGAUUAUGAUAAACAUCUCUUCUCCUGCCACGUGAGUCAUUCCAGCCUGCCCAGAAAACUCAUUGUACCCUUGAAUAAAAAAAGGUAAAACACAAGCAACUUCAAGAGUUCAGUCCUAUAUUAACCUUUGAACUACACAAUGGAUCAACGAGGUUCAAGGCCAGAAAUCAAAUAGUGGGGAAACAAAUUAUGGAUGCUUUUGGGUGGUCUUAUGAGCAAAGAUAUCUAUCCAUCUGAUCUUCUGAGAGGGGUCAUCAUAAAUAUUUUUUUCCUUCACUCUAAGUACAGCGUUGAUAUUUCUUUAAAAGGCAAUAGGUUACCAAUCACACACUUAUUGUCACAAAGUCACUUUAGGAUGGAACAUUUUUAAAAGUUUUUUUGGAUAAUCAAGGACACCUUCUUAUGAAGAGAUUUUUAUAAUUUGGUUAGCUCAGUUACAGUCUAAACCAAUUGUAAGUGCAUCUCAAUAAAUAUUAACAAUGAUUAUGUUAAAAAUGUAAAUAUUUAUAAAAUGGAGCUUAAAAGUAAAGAAUACUUUAGAAACAACUUGUAGAGUAUAGAGAGAGCAAAGGGAAACUGUCUACUGACUCAAUUUCUUAAAAUAUCAAUCUUCUUAAAUCAUUUAAUAAAUCUGUUUGCAUUCAUGGUC